AUGUUCUCAAGAUUUGCUCGUGCUUUCCCAAAAAUUUUAGCCUCAGGUGCUUCUCAACGUACUUUUGCUACCGUUCAAAAGGCUUUUGCCAACCCAACUAGCAAAAAAUUAAUUGUUGGUAGCUCACUCCUCAUUGGUUCCGCCUUUGCCACCACUUCUUUUGUUGCUUGUGAAAAUAAAUCAGUCCCAUUAGUUGGUCUUCCAGGUACCAACCAAGAAAGAUCUUUCAUUGCUAUUAAAGUGAGUAGUACCCAAAGAAGAUUAAUUGGUGAAAUUAUUGCCCGUUUCGAAAAGAAAGGUUUCAAAUUAGUUGGUAUUAAAAUCCUUGUUCCAACUCCAGAACAUGCCGCCAAACAUUAUGAAGAUUUAAACAAAAAACCAUUCUUCAAUGGUUUAGUUAAAUUCUUCUCAUCUGGUGCUGUUGUUGCUAUGGUUUUCGAAGGUAAAGAUGUUGUUAGAACUGGUAGAGUUUUAAUUGGUGCCACUGAUCCAUCUCAAUCUGCCCCAGGUACCAUUCGUUUCGAUUUAUGUAUUGAAACUGGCCGUAAUAUUAUCCACGGUUCAGAUUCAAAUGAAUCAGCUGCUCAUGAAAUCGCUUUAUGGUUCAAAGAGGACGAAAUUGCCAACUGGGUUUCAACCAAUCCAGUCUAUGAAAAAAUGUAA